UCUGUUUUUAGCCAAGUGGCUUCAAGUCUUUGAGUUGGUAACAUAUGAAAUCAGUGCAACGGCGGCUCUUGAACGGUAUUGUUGGUUAAGCGGUUAAAAAAACCAAGAACAAUAAGUAACCGAAGAAAAAAAAAAAACGGUUAAAUUGAAAACGAGUGAUUUUCUUUUUUCAAAUAAAACGCGUAAAAAAUUAAACUGCUUAUAAAAAAGAAUUUAAAUAAAAAUAGUUAAAAAAUUUGUUUUAAUCAAGCGAAAUUAAUAAAAGAGAGAGAAAAAAAAAAUAGAUUGAUAUUAAAAAUAACAAUCAAUAGCAACAAGCAACUAGACCAAAAAUAACUAAAAAACACAAAAAAAUAGUUUCAAAUUAAAUUGCAUUGAACAAAACAACAACAACAACAUUUACGCGGUUUUUGUAGCCGUCAACACAACAUUACAACUGUGGUCGUCGUCAUAGUCGUCGGUCGACGUUUUACCCAUAAAUUAUCUACUGCAGUAGAAAAAAAGCACCAAAAUGCUUCCGCUUCCUCGAGGAGCGGUAUGGCAGCUACUCUUUCUAUUUUGUGCGGCACUCUACAUAAAUGGGGUCCGUGCUGAUGGAAGAGUUGUAUGUUACUACACCAACUGGAGUGUCUAUCGUCCAGGCACAGCGAAAUUUAAUCCACAAAAUAUAAAUCCAUAUUUGUGUACACAUUUGAUUUACGCAUUUGGAGGGUUUACGAAAGACAAUCAAAUGAAACCGUUUGAUAAAUAUCAGGAUAUUGAACAAGGUGGUUAUGCCAAAUUUACUGGCCUCAAAACAUACAAUAAGCAAUUGAAAACGAUGAUUGCUAUUGGCGGCUGGAAUGAGGCUUCCUCACGUUUCUCCCCCUUGGUAGCAAAUCCUGAACGCCGACAAAAGUUCAUUAAGAAUAUUCUAAAGUUUUUGAGACAAAAUCAUUUCGAUGGUAUUGAUUUGGAUUGGGAAUAUCCGGCUCAUCGUGAGGGUGGCAAACCACGUGACAGAGACAAUUACGCUCAAUUUGUGCAAGAGUUGAGGGCUGAAUUCGAAAGAGAGUCAGAGAAAACCGGACGUCCACGUCUAUUGCUUACCAUGGCUGUGCCAGCAGGCAUUGAAUACAUUGAAAAGGGUUAUGAUAUACCAAAGUUGAAUAAAUAUUUGGAUUGGUUUAAUUUACUCACCUACGAUUUUCAUUCAUCCCAUGAACCCUCCGUCAAUCAUCAUGCUCCUUUGUAUUCGUUGGAAGAAGAAUCUGAAUAUAAUUAUGAUGCUGAAUUAAAUAUUGAUUAUUCCAUUAAAUUCUAUUUGAAUGCUGGUGCUGAUCGUGAUAAGCUGGUCUUGGGUAUACCCACCUACGGUCGUUCCUAUACCUUGAUCAAUGAGGAAAGCACAGAAAUUGGUGCUCCUGCUGAGGCUCCUGGUGAACAAGGUGAUGCUACUCGUGAAAAGGGCUACCUGGCUUACUAUGAAAUUUGUCAGAAUAUUAAAGAAGAUCCUGAAUGGACUGUUGUUCAACCCAAUCCCAAUGCUAUGGGCCCUUAUGCCUAUCGUCGCAAUCAAUGGGUGGGUUAUGAUGAUGAAGCUAUUGUUCGCAAAAAGGCUCAAUAUGUGGUCGAUAAUGGUUUGGGCGGUAUUAUGUUUUGGGCUAUUGAUAACGAUGAUUUUCGUGGCAUCUGUACAGGCAAACCAUAUCCUUUGAUUGAGGCCGCCAAAGAUGCUAUGUUGGAUGCUUUAGGUUUGGGCAUUAAUGAAGUGUCAAAACCAAGUGCACCCCAGAAACCUUCUCGCUCAAGAAGUCGUGAAAAUUCCUCAUCAACACGUAAUCGUAUUACAACCACCGAACAUAAAUUGACGUAUGCUGAACGUAAAGGCAGUUCCAAACGUACUCAAUCUACCCAGCAAACAACACGCAACAGACAACAAUCUACCACCACUAUAGCACCAACAAACUUUAAACUUACAGAAGCGGAAGGCUCCUCUUUGUAUGUAGGUGGUAGAACUACCACACCACCACCACCCACAACACCAGAUCCAGGCACUGAUUUUAAAUGUGAGGAAGAAGGUUUCUUCCAACAUCCCAGAGAUUGUAAAAAAUACUAUUGGUGUUUGGAUAGUGGUCCUUCAGGCUUGGGCAUCGUGGCUCAUCAAUUUACUUGUCCCUCUGGUUUAUAUUUCAAUCCCGCAGCUGAUUCUUGUGAUUUUGCUCGAAAUGUGCCAUGUAAAACUAAGAAAUCUACAACUGUUGCCCCUAUAACUUCUCCCGCUACCACUACCACCGCUAGACCCACUUCUUCAUACAAUCGCGUUACUGCAGCCACUUCACGACCCACCACCUUCUUUAGAACCACACCCAGAACGACUACAACUACCACCACCGAAGCUCCCGAAGAAAGUAUUGAAUACGAGGAAGAAGAUGAUAAUGCUCCCUCACCAUUCGCCAAACCCAAAGGUUUUGAUAAGGAUUCCGAAGAAGAUCCUAAAGUUAUUAAGGAACUCAUAGAACUCAUACGCAAGGUAGGAGGUAUUGAAGAAUUGGAAAAACACCUGUUACGCAAAGAUGAUGGCACUAUAGCGAUUAAGGAACAUAGUUCCAGUAGUUCUAGUAGUUCUCUAACCGCAACCACACCAUCCUCCAUUAGUAAAUCCCUGUAUGAAAAAGUAUUAAGUAAACCAAAUGCUUUGAAUUCCUUCCGCAAUCGUUUCACCUCCACCAGUAGUUUCCGCACAACUAAAACACAAACUAAAACCCAAGACAGUAGCGAGAACGAUGAAGACGCCACGGACAGUAAGAGUUCCGGAGCUUCGGCUGGUUUUAGUAAAUACUCUUCGGUAUUGAGAGGCAACAGCCGCCAGGGACCUCAGAGUGAAGGUCUUGAGAAAUUAAGUGAAUUUGAUGGUUUCCUUAAGGAAAAGAAACAAUAUACUACCAUUCAACGUAAUCGUGGUGUUAAGAAAACUUCUGCUGAUGAUGAUGAUGAAGAUGAGGAGGUUUCUAGCAAGCUGAGUGCAGAAAGUCAUGAAGAAGAUGAUGAGACUGUAGAGGAAGUUAGUGUAAAAUCGACAAGAAAACCAUAUGCUGCUAGUACACCAGCUUAUUCGACAAUUAGAAGAACUAGGCCAACGGUGACAACUGAAGCUACCGAUGAAGAGGAACAGGAGGAGAAAGAAGUUAACGAACGCAAAUCGUAUAGUUCUUUGAAUAGAAGCCGUGUUAGAGGUACCACCACAACGGAAUUACCGGAUGUAACUGAUGUUACAGCUGGAUCGUCAAGAUAUAAAUACUUGGAGCGUACACGUCCAACUCGUCCCACAACCGAGUCCUCCAAUCGAGUCACUGAUGAAGAAGACAUUGAUGCCGAUAAUGAAUCGGAGAAUCAGGAAAAUACGGUACAUUUUAAGGCUGUAAAUAUUGAAAAUACACGAGAAACACAACAACAACAAGAAAUCACAACAACAAAUACACAAAGAACCUACGCCAGUAUAGGUCGCAGGACUACAACAACUAGCACUACCGCAACACCUGAAACUGAAACAACUACAACUAGUGCUGCGGCUAAAACAAGAUUAACAACAACAACAACUACAGCAACACCAACAACAACUACAACAACAUCUACAACAGAGACUCCAUUAACAACAACUCCUUUAACUAUAUUAGAAACCACUACACCUGAAUCUAUAUUAAUAACCACAAAUAUUCCCAUAACCACAACUACUAACCCAACCACCACUACCACUUCCACAACAAAGACUACGACAAUGACUUUGCCAAAUGGUGAAGAUGUUUUAGAAAACCUUGCCACUACUACCAAUAAUCCCAAUGAAAUUAGUUCUGAUAUUUCAGAAACUUUAGAUUUAACCCUAAAAAUAAAUUCCCUUUUAACUGAUUCCUCCACCACUUCCACCUUAUCCUCUUCCACUCCUAACCCCACAACGGAGUCUGGUCUAGAUACAAAUGAACAGGAUAUAGACAGUCAAUUGACUACCACGGAAGCGACUAUUUCGACGACAAUUGCAACUGAUAGUGACAACGUAGCCAAGACCGAAGACAAGGAACAAGAAGAGGUAAAUGUAGUAAGUAAGCAAAGAAAUAAGACAUUGUACACUACACGUACUAGAACAACCACCACAACAACACCUCCUACAACAACAACCACAGUUAUAGAAACAACAACAACAACACCUAGUCCUACUAAUGCCAAGAAAACAUUGGGUGUUAGAAGACAACAAAUUUUACUAAAUCGUUCUUCACAGACGAAGUCUGCAACGACAACGUCUAGCGUUACCACUACAGAUAUACCAACCACUAGCACACCCACUACAGAAUCUGUAAAUAAUGACUUCCUGGGUACUGUAUCUAGUCCAAGACCAUUUGGUUUCCCCAAACGACGCAAUAGACCCACCAAUGCUGCCGGCAUUACGACAACCACCACCGAAGACUCAGUGAAAUCAAAUGAUGAAACUUUGGUAACAAAACAAAAAACUACAAAAUUAAAUGCGGCCGCUAACAGCCAAACCAAGGUGAGUUCUCAAAAUACAAUUCUCUCUCAAACUGCUACUGCCGCUCAAGAAGCGGCGGUAACUUCCUCUCAACAACAAGAGCAUGUACAGCAGCAGGAGAGUGAAGUGACCAGCAGCACUACUAGUACUACUUCUACUGAGCACCUUAAUUCUAAAGACACUAAAGUUGAAGAACAUUUGCAUAAGCAUGUUGUAGUAAAUGGUAUUGAGGGUAAUAAUGAUAGUUUAAGGCAUGUUAACACUGUAGCUAAUGUAGAUAGUAUUAAUAAUGAUUCUGCACCUAAAAUAAGAACUCACACCAUUGUCCAAGAAGUGGACGAUGAUGAUGAAGACCCCAAAAAACUUUAUUCUUGGCGCGAUGCUAGACGUCCUACUAAACCCACACCGAAAAAGAAAAAAUUAGUAGUUACCGAGGUAACUACCGAAGAAAGAGUUAGGCAAAAGGUUAGUCCCGAUCAUGUUACAAUUGUUAAUGUAGUUGAAACGAAUGAAAAGGACUCCAGGUAUAGUAAGAAACAAGAAGAUAUUGUUAGAGGAACAGGUAAAUAUCGCGGUAAAAGUUUAGAAAAUUCUGUCGAAAGUGAAGAAGAAAAUCAUGUUGACGACAACGUCGCCGCCGAAGAAGAAGAAGAUGAAGGUAGAGCAUUUAGAACUUAUACUAGCAUUAAUAGAAGACGUCAACAAACCAAACAAUCGACAACGGGAAUUGAAGAAGAUGAUGCCGCAAGUGCUAAUGGUUUCAGAGUAACUCAAGUUGUUAAGUCGGGCGAAGAGAGUGGAGAAGAAAGCUCUAAAUCUAAGUACAAGGGCAUAACUAGAGGUCAAACUACGAAAACUGAAGGAAAUGAAAGUAACAGUGAAGGUGCAGUGAAAACAAAAUACGCAACAAUAAAUCGUGGUUCUAGUACGUUUAGUUCAACGGAAACAAGCAAUGAUGAAACCGAUGAAGGCAAACAAACUAAAUCAAGAAUCAAUUAUAACCAAAUUUCGCGUGGUCAAGCUUCUCAUUCAGCUGGACAUGAAGAGGAAGAUGAAAAUGCUGGCAAAACUAAUGUAAAAUACACGACAAUAACUCGUGGCUCCACUACCAAAACUAUUAGCGGAUCUGAGGAAGAGUCAGUGAAAUCUAAAUCCGAAUCAAGUGAUGACAGCACUGUUACAGGCAAACAUAAAUAUGCCUCCAUCAACAGACAACAUGGUGCUGAAGAUGAAUCCAAUAAUGCUGAAACUGAUGGCGUGACUAAGACCAAGACUACCUACCAAUAUACCAAAAUAUCACGCGGCCAAGGUCAAGCUGGAAGUGAAGAAUCUGAAGAUGAUAGUACAGUCUCAAGCAAACAUAAAUACACCUCGCUGAAUAGGCAACAUGGUGCUGAAACUAACUCAGAGUCAGAUGAUGCCAACCACACAAAGUCUACAUUCCAAUAUACAAAAAUUACCAGAGGUGAAGGUAAAUACCAUGAAGAUACAGAAGAUUCCAAUGACAAAACCAAAACGUAUACAUCGCUAAAUAGAAAUCGCGUUUCUCAAGGUUCCAGUAUUGAUUAUGAUUCAUCUGAAUCGGAUGGUGCUAAGAAAUCCUAUACCACCAUUACUAGAACCAGAGGUAGCGGAGCUUCCACCACUGAAAAUAUUCCCUACAAAGCCAUCGUACGUGAUAGCCAAGGUGUUCAUCUUACCGAAGGUGAAUUGUCAGGAUUUGUGAAACAUGCUGGAGAUGAAGCGGUCACUGAAGCGGCAAAGAGAACUUAUCUUACCAUCUCCAGAGGUGGACAGAUAUUGGAACAUAGCGGUAAUGAUGACGCGGAAGAUGAACAUCAUCGUAUUCUCAAUGAAAUGGAAACUAUGAGUCUUACACAAAUAGAAAGGAACCAUCACAAUGAUGAAGAAUCUGAAUCGUCUAGUGGAGACAAAACAGUUUCCAUAACUUCCGAAAGUCGUGGCUCCCAAGAAGAUGAAAAUGAUUCAAAAACUAAAUUUAAGUACUCGACAAUCACACGAGGCUCCACUUCCGCCAGCGUAAGUGGAUCAGAGGCAGAUAAUACGAAUGUUAAAACCGGCGAAAGUACUAGCUCCCAAGAAGGUGAAGAUGUUUCGAAAUCUAAAUUUAAAUACUCGACAAUAACACGUGGAUCUACUUCAGCUACUGCUGUCAGUGAAUCUGAAGCCGAUAAUAAAGAAGUUAAAUCUGAUGAAAGUGAUAGCUUCCAUGAAGGUGAAGAUGAUUCGAAAUCCAAAUUUAAAUACUCGACAAUAACACGUGGAUCUUCUUCCGCUACCGCUGUUAGUGAAACACAAGCCGACAAUAGGGAAUUUGAAGGAGAACAUACAGCGGUAAAUGAGGCCGAAUCAACAACAACUACGGAAAAAGCCACUGAAGCAACAACAACUACUACCGAGUUGCCUUCGACAACUACUGAAAAACAAUUAUCCAGCUCCACUGAAGAAGUAAUUUCAGAAACCACCACCGAAUUCAUAGCUCCUGAAACAACUGUCACAACAACCACAACUCCAGAGCCCACCACCAGAAGAUCAUUCUUUAAGAAUCGUGGCACUACUGAAACAAUUACCAAAGUAACAGAAACUAAAGUGGAAAAAUCUACUCUCGGAAGUGCAACAGCAACAAAUACUAAAGAACAAGAUCAAGAAGUAACCACAACCCAAACCGGACGCAGACGUGUGGUAUAUAGAAAGAGACCCACAUCUGUUACAAGCCAAACAACUACCACAACACAAGAAACUAAAGAAACUCAACAAGACACGAACGAUAAAGAAACUUCCGAGGGAUCUGCAGGCUCAAGCCAAACUCAAACUUCCUUCCGUAGACGUAUUGUGUCAAAGAGACCCACAGUCAUUGAACACACUGUUACCGAAACGACCGAAGAAAAACUCAAGUAUGAUCGUGGUUCUUUAUUAAAUACAGCUGAUGAGUCUUCAGUAGAUGAUUUGGAUUCCACAACGCGUCCCAGUUUGCCAAGAGGCACUUAUCGUCCCAAGGAAAAGGGAGAUUUAUCUUCUUUGUUGGCCUUAGAUUUGGCUAAGAAAUAUGGCAAUAAUUCACAACAACAAUUUGGUAAUGGCAAGAGAAGACGACCAGUUGUAAGAACUCAAACAGGUGAAGCUGAAAAUGAAGAGAAUCUUGUGACUAGGACACGCAUUUCUGGUUCCACAGCUGAAGAAGCAAUUAAUGAUAGUGGUAGCAGAACAGUCGUAACCAAAAAGAGAAUAUUCCACAGCAAAACUGCGAGCGCAGGUUCAGAAUCAGCUGAUGGAAAUGAAGAAGAUUCAGUGACUAGAACACGUAUUUCUGGUUCUACCUCUGAAGGAUUUAACACGAAUUCCCAGACAAUAAAUGGAGGAGGUAGCAAAACGCUACUAACUAGAAAGAGAGUAUUUAGUAGCAAAACUUCUGGUACAGAUGCUGAAUCUUCAGAUAAAACUGAAGAAGAUAAUGUGAAUAGCUCCCGUAUUUCUGGUUCCACCACUACUGAAGAAGAAACCAUCAAUAAUGGCGGCAGUAAAACCAUUAUAACCAAAAAGAGAGUAUUCAGCAGUACAGGCGGUAUUAAUGGCUUGGAAACGGAGGAAACUUCUGAAUUAAAGAGUAGAGGAUCUGCACUUAAAGGUGACACUGAAACCCUGACCGAUGUAUUCUUAACUCAAACAAUUCUUAAGGGUGAGAGCGGAGAUUCAUCUUCUUCGGUUGCUUCCGAUUUGUCUAACAAUCAAACCGGUAAAACUAAAUUUACAUUUGCCAAUGGUGCCAAACGAAUCUCUGGCGUACAAAGUUCUUCUCAAUCGGGCAGUGAUAAUGAAGAGGAUGGAAAAUCUCGUAUUAACUCGGCAACCCAUCAACAAACUUCCACUGUCACGGAAACUGUUAAUGGACGCAGAAGAACUGUUAUCAGAAAGAGAAUACAAACGAACAAAAACGCUGGUAAUGGAAAUGCUUUAGGUUCAAAAUCAACUCUUUUGACAGCCAGUCAAGAGGGCAAUGCUGAGACGGUAUCAAAGCAAUCUGAACAUAAUGAAAAUGAAUCAACCCGCAGUUUGGAAAACACCUCAGUCUUAGGCUCAAAAUUAGAUGCCAGCGUUAGCGGAAGUCAAUCAACAACAUCUUCGGAAACUUCCAAUGAAACGGAGAGUCAAACAUUAGCGGCUAAUGAAGAAAACUCUGCCACAAAAUCAAACUCAAAAUCCAGAUUCAAUUUGAGCAGCAAACAAGCCUCUGCUGGUACUCUGAAUACCAAUAAAUAUAAUUCCCUUAACCGUAAAAAUAUUGUUGCCAGCAACAAACGACUAACGGGAACUCAAUCUUCUCAAAACUCGAAAUCCAAAAAUAGAUUUACCGAAACUGAAACAGAAACUAUCGAAACCAUCGAAGAAGUUAGCGAAGAGGAUCAAAACUCCGAAAACAAUAAUAUUUCUGCAACCUCGGGUUCAAAAUUCAAAUCCCGCAAUUCGCUGUCCUCCCAAAGUCAAGAAAAUUCUCGUAGAUCUAAUAUCGGCAGUAGACGUGAGUCACUAAAUAGACGUCAACAAAAUAGACACGAUAAAACAGAAGAAGUUGAAAUUUUGGAGGAUGGUUCAAAACGUAUAACAACCAUCACUUACGAAACUAUCAAUACUGGUGGCAAAAUUAAGACAAUUAGGAGAACAAAGAUUAAGACUAUCAUCCAACAGGCCCCUGAAUAUGAAGACACGGAUGAUACCCCACUAACUACCACCACACGCAGGCCCAUACCUCUUAAUAGAGGUUCGGCUAGAUUCCAAAGCAAUGAUUUAUCUUCAUUGUUGGCUUUAGAUUUUGCCUCAAAAUCGAAUAGAAAAGAAGGCGAUAGAACUGUUACAAAAUCCCGAAGAAAGUUAAUACGUAAACCAGUUAUUGUUAAGGAAGAAGAACAGGUCGAGGAGUUUGAGGAAGAGUUGCCUACUAGGCCAACUAGACCGGCCAGUAUUACUGAAUCUGCCCAGACCUUCAGUAGAAGAACAAGACCUACGAAACCCUUAAGAACUAUAACCAGAACUUCACAGAACGCCGAAGAAAGCAAUGAAGAAGAAGAAAAAGAAGAAGAAGUAGAGAAAGUAGAAAAAGUUGUAUCAACUACCAGACGCAACUUUGCUUUUAAACGUCCCACUAGUACAACCGCUAGGCCAACUACAAGAGCUGCCGCGGAAAAAGAAACUGUGGAGGAAGUUGAAUCUACCACUAGACGUGCUUUUGCUUUUAAAAGACCCGCAGGUUCCGGAAAAACUGUAACCACCACCAUUGAAGAAAUCGCUGAAGAUGAUGCUACAACUAAGCGAUCAUUUGCAUUCAAAAGACCUGGAGGUUCAGCUAAAACUGUAACAACUACUACCACAACUACGGAAGAAAUUUCGGAAGAUGGUUCUACAGGAAAACGUACCUUUGCUUUCAAAAGACCCACAGGUUCAGUAAAAACGGUAACAACUACCACUGAAGAAAUCUCUGACGAUGAUUCUGCAACCAAGAGCUCUUUUACUUUUAAAAGACCAGCUAGCUCCUCCAAAACUACGACAACAACUACUACUGAGGAAAUCACUAAAACUUCUAUAAGCAAAAGUGAACAGGGCAAUGUCAGUUUAAACCGUUUUAAAACUAAAACAGCAAAAGCUGCCGAGGAAUUAAGUACCACCACUAGUGAACCUAUUACAACUGAGGCGACAACUAUCGAAACAACCAAUCCCUCAUCCACCACUGAACAAUAUGUUGAAACUACAACUGGCAGUGUACUGGAACAUGAUUCUUUGAACAAGCUACAGAAUCAAUUAGCUCAAGCAGUGGAACAUUUUAAAACUAAAACUGAAAAAGUUACACACACUGAAGUAAUGGAUGCUUUGGAGACCAAAAACGAAAUAACUUCAGGCUUAACAAAGGGUCUAGAUCUCUCCCUACCCAUUUACCACAGACGCAAAUACUAUCAAUACUACAAAGAUUCGCCCAUUAUACACAUCAAUCCCAUUACUUUAGCUCCCGAAACUUCGGUGGAGACUAAUGUCGAUAUAGCUAAACAAAUACAUGAAGUCUUCAAUGUCAGCAGUGAUCAUGUACAGCCCGAACCAGAACUAACCGAUGAGGUUUUAGCCAUUAAGGCUAUGGAACAGGCACAAGAGAUUAAUCAGGAACUCAGUCAUUUUUUAUUGAAAACCCCCGGGUCAAAGGUGAUGGAUGAAAGUGAUGUUAGAGAAAGAAAUCAAUUAAAAGACACUGCUGAACUAAAUGAAGAAUCCCUUAAAAAUGCCUUGGAAGUGAAUGAAGCUCUGGGUAGAAAAGGCAAAACUUUUAAGACUUUUACAAAACUAACAACGAAAUUAACCGAUAAUGAUAAUGAGGAAUUAUCGCAAAGUACUGUGGCUGAUGCUCGUCAUGUGAAAAUUACCAUCUUAGAUCAAAAACCAUUAAAAACUACAGCUUUACCUUCCAAAAUAAAUCGAUUCAGAUCCACUACACUUAAGCCGGAAACGACAACUGAUAAUGAAGAUGGCGAUGGAGAGGAGUUGGAAACAACUUCAAAAACUAAAAGCUUAUUUUUAUCCAAAAAUCGUUUCACUACUCUAAAACCGGAAAUCACAACUGCUAAUGAAGAUGAUGAGAAAGAUACUUCAGUUUCUGCUGAACAUAUAGAUGAAAAUCAGGAAGAUGCUGAUUUUGGAACUGAAGAAGUAAAAACUUCUACCAUGAAAGUUGUUGAAAUUGAUGUCACCACCGAAAAACUCCCGACAGAGGAAGAUGAGAUUGUUAGCUGUGAAGAUAUUACGGAAUCCGACGAAUCUAUAUCCACUACUGAGGAAACAAGUACAGUUACCUCAAUUCCUAAAAAAGUUGUAAUUAGACAACGCAUACGUGUUACUACAGCAGCUCCUGCGAAAGAAGAAGAAUCAACUAUUGAAACUUCCACAACUUCAAGCUCAAUUUCCGAAGAAACUACUGGGGCUAUUGAAACUGAAUCUUUAACGGAAAAAGUGACCAGUAAAACAUAUACUAGAAUAAAUCGUCCCUUAAUUAAGUCAACGACAAACAAACCAAUCAAUGACGAAAAAAUCAAUGAAGAUUCCACAACCAGGAGAUCUUUUACGGCACUCAAGCGUUUACGCACAACAAUAGCCAAAAGCUUAGAGGAGGAAGAUACGGAAAAGGAGGAAGAUGAAGAAACCUCCUCUGCGGUACCAACUACGGAAACAGCUACACGUAAAAGUGUUUUAUUAGCCAACCGACAACGAGGUCUCAAUAGUCUAAACCGCUUCAGAACAACCACUCCUAAAAUCACCGAUGAUGAUUUAGAUGAAAGUACUACUGAAGAAAAUAGUGAAACAAAUAUUGCCAGUACCCGCAAAAAUUCAUUAUUAGCUAAUCGCUCAAGAGUUUUACCCACCAGAAAAACAACAGAAAACCCCUUGACCUCUGAUUCAACUACUAAACGUUCUUUCAAUCGUCUAAUACGUUAUGGCACAACAACGCCACAAAGCGAUGAUGUCGACGACGAGGAACAGGAAGAUGAAGCUCCAGAGAAAAUAGAAACUUCAACUCGUCGUAGUUUUGGUGCUGUAGCACCAAGACCUAAAGCUCUUCCCACCCGACGUACAUUUGGCGGAGUAACCAGAUUAAGUGCGAUUACCACAACCGAAGUUGCAACAAAAGAAGUUGAUGAUAGUACCUUGGAAAAUGAGGCCGAAGAUGAAGAAAUUACUACAAAACGCAUUUCUUUGAAUAGGCGACCAUUUGCUCAAGUUGGACGUUCAUUUGGUUCUCAGCGUUUAAAAACCACAACUACCGAGUCGGCAACUGAAAAAAUUGAUAGUACAACGGAAAACGAAAGCGAAACUACUGCAAAAGUCGAAGUUUCUAGCAAACGUACUCUGUUAACUAGAAGACCAUUUGGUGGUUUAAAUCGUCCAAGAACAACUGAAGCUACAAUUGAAGAAUCCGAGAGUACAGUAGAAAAUGAUGAGGAUGACAACUCCGCAAAUCAGGAAGUUUCCACAAUACGUACUUUACCCUCGAGAAGACCAUUUGGUGGUUUUACGCGUCCGACAACUACUGAAGCUACAACUGAAGAAACCGAGAGUACAAUAGCAAAUGAAGAAGAUUCCACAAAACGUAUUUUGCCCACGAGAAAACCAUUUGGUGGUUUUACACGACCGACAACUACUGAAGCUACGAUUGAAGAAAACGAGAGUACAGUAGAAAAUGAUGAGGAUAACGACUCUGAAAAUGAAGAAGUUUUCACCAGACGUACUUUGCCCACAAGAAAACCAUUUGGUGGAUUUAGUCGACCAACAACUACUGAAGCUGCAGUUGAAGAAACACCUAGCACGGUGAAGAUGGAGGAUAUUGAGGAAAUUUCUGAAAAUGAAGAAAAUUCCACAGAACAAAAUUUGACAACAACAACUACUGCGGAAACUCUAGUUGAACAAGAGCAUAGUACGCAAGAGAAUGAAGAAAAUAAUGAAGUUGAGGAUGCACCCGAAACUACCGAAGCUACAGUCAAAGAAAUAGAGACUACUACGGAAAAUAAUAAAGAUGUUUCUUCGACUGAAGAAGAUUCCACAGCUAGUUCUAUUAAUCCCACCACUACAGAAGCAACAGAUAAGGAACAUGAGAGUACUGAAGCUAAUGAUAAGGAAGGCACCAGUACGGUCAAGAAUAUUGAGGAUAUGUCUGAAGAAGAUUCCACAGAACAUAAUUUAUCAGACCAAACUGAACCCACAACUACCACUGAAACAGUUUUUAACGAAACGGAUAGCACGGUAAAUAAUGUGGAGGAGAGUUCUACAAAUGAAGAAGUUUCUACGGAAGUGCAUAGUCUACCAACAAGACGACCACUCAGUGGUUUUAGUAGACCAACCACAACCGAAGCUACAGUCGAAGAAACAGGGAGCACUGUAGAGAAUAAGGAGGAGAGUUCGACCAAACGUACUUUACCUACGAGAAGACCAUUUGGUGGUUUUACUCGACCAACAACUACCGAAGCUACAGUCCAAGAUACACAGAGUACAGUAGAAAAUGAUGAGGAGAGCACGACAAAUGAAGUAGUUUCCACAAAACGCACUUUGGUCACAAGAAGACCAUUUGGUGGUCUAAAUCGAGCCAGAACUCUUACCACCGAAGCUACGACUGAAAAAAUUGAAAGCACAGUAGAGACAGAAACAGUUUCGACCAAACAAACAUUGGCUAACAGAAGACCAUUUGGAGGAUUUAAACGUCCCUCUGCCACAACAACUGAAAUUUCAGUGGAAGAAACGGACAGUACAGUUGAAAAUAAUGAAGAUAGUUCUACCAAGAAAGUAAUUUCUUCAAAUCGCAUUGUACCCACCAGAAGAUCUUUUGGUGCUUUUAAACGGCCAACAACUACUGAAGCUCCAGUCGUAGAAACAGAUAACACUAUAGAGCAUAAAGAAGAAAGUUCGGUAACUGAAGAAGUUUCUACAAAACGUGUUUUGCCUACAAGAAGACCAUUUGCUAUACAAAGAAAUCGUUCCUUCGGAAUUAAUAAAUUAAGAACUUCCACUAGCGAAACAGUUGAUGAAGAAUUUGAUAGUACUGUCGAAAGCGAAAAAGAAGUUGAAGUUACUACAAAACGUACUUUGCCAACACGAAGACCAUUUGGUGGUUUUAAUCGAUCUAAAACUGUGACAACUACUGAAACUGUAACUGAAGAAGAAUCGGACGAAGAAAAUGAAGAGAAUGCGGCAAAUGAAGAAACUACUACAAAACGUACUUUGCCAACAAGACGACCAUUUGGUGGUUUUAAUCGUUCUAAAACUGUUACAACUACUGAAGCUGUAACAGAAGAUGAAUCGGUAGAAGAAUCGGCAACUCCAAAAGUCACUACCAAACUAACUUUAGUUACUAGAAAACCAUUUGGUGGUUUAAAUCGUCCCACUACUACUGAAAAACCGAAUGAUGAAAGUACCACAGAAAGUAAUACUGAUGAUGGUAAUGAAUCUACCACGAAACGUACAUUCCCAACAAGGAAAGCAUUCGGUAUUUUGAAUAGACCAACCACAACGGAAGCCCCAACUGAGAAUUCUCUCGAUGAAAGUACACUCGAAAGUGAUGAAGAAAUACAUGCAGAAGAAAAGGAAAUUUCAACCACCGAAAUUUCAUCUAAUGGUAAUGAAAUCAUUAAGAAUGAGAAAGAUAAGUCAACUGAACAUGAAGAACUUCUUAAUAACUCCUCUGAAUCUACCACCGUUGUAGAAGCUUUAGAGAGCACCACCGUUAAGGCAACUGAAGAAUCCUCUACUCCAAGACGUAGAAUAAUUAUACGUAAACGUAUACGCCUACCAACAACUACAACAACGGUAGCACCGGGUACUAGUGAGACAGAAUCUCUGGAAGAAGACUCAACGGAAACUAUUAUGGAUCAAGAAACGACCGUUAAUAGUUCUAAAGACAAUAUAUCGACUCUUAACGAACUCGAUGAAGAUAGUACGACCACAUCAGUUCCUAUAACAUCUACCACAACUGAAGCUAUUACAACAUCUACCGAAAAAACUGAGGAUGAAUCUACAACUACCAGCAAAUCAUUAUUAUUUAAUAAUCGUUCACGACCUCCAUUUGGUAGAACUACUACCAAAGUUCCUGCCAUUGAAGAAAAUUCAGAACUUGAUGAGGAAAAGCCAACAACUACCAAAUUAACACAAAUUGAUUCUACAACACGUAGAACCUUUGGUAGACUUAAUCGUUUCCAAACGUCAGAGAAAUCAAAUGAAGAAUCCAGCUCCAAUGAUGCUGCCAACAAAAGAACAUUUACCAGACUUAAUAAGAUUCAAACAAACGAGGAAUCCACUUUAAAGACAGAUCAAGAAGAGCAAAAUGAGGAAGCCUUAACGGAAUCUACUACUAAGCGAACUUUUGCCAAAUUCAAUCGAUUUAAAACCACAACGAAAGCUCCAAGCGCUACGGAAAUAACCUCCGAAAAUGAACUCGAAGAAACCGAAGAACCCUUGGAAGUGUCCACGAAACGUACUUUGGGUUCAUUUAGCCAACGUCAGAGAUUGAAUCUAAACUCUAGAACCCAAGCAGCAACAACUACACAAAGAUCUAGAUUGAAUAUCAAUAGAAAUUUGUAUAAUCGUAAUAACCAACAAGAUGAAGAAGACGAAGAAGAAGAAACCGAAAAUGAAAACACAGCUAUUAGGCCCACAACUCGUCGUCCAUUUGGCGGUUACAGACAACAGCGCAUCAAUUCCAAUUCCCAAAGUCAAACAGAAACUAAAGCGACCUUAAAACCUUUCAAUUUCAAUAGACCUCAAUUCAAACGACCUUUGCCUAAGAGACCACAAAACGAGGUAGGGGAUGAAGAAGAAGAUGAGGAUGAUGAAGAGGAUUCAGAAGAAGAACAAGAAGAAUUUACUGACAAUGAAGAAGAUAAUACUCAAGAACAACUUGCCAGUCAAGAACUUGCCUCUAAGGAACCUAGUUCCUCAUUAUUAACAUUACGCAAUCGCGUUAGAUUAGGACAAACUCAGGAUACUGACAACGAACAACAAGGGCUAGUGAACGAUAGACUUAAAAAUUUACUAAACGCUAGAGCCAAGACACAAACCACAGUUACUACUGCUAACACAGAAACCUCUAAAUCCUCUGAACUAACAACAGAGGAUAAUGUUAAUGAGGUGGCCAUAACAACAACAGCAAAUACUAACACUAACAGGUUUGGUACUAAUCGUAGCAAUAGCACCGUAGCCAAUUAUUUAAAUAGAAUUAAAAUUAAUUUAAGUCAAACGAAUACUAACACGGCACCUAGUCAUAUAAAUCAAGAAAAUGAUGAUAAUGUUAAGUUAGAUAAUGAUAAUAAUGAGGAUAUUGAUGAUGAUAAUGAUGAUGAAGAAGAAGAUGAUGAAGAGGAAAGGGCAGAAGAUAGUAAUAGUAAUAAGUCUAAUGUCAAUGAUAAUGAUUUUAAUGAUAAUAAUGCUAAUAAGGGCGAUGAUAAUGAUUCUAAACGACGUUUUCAGAAAUAUCAAUUCCAACGUAGAACAACCACAACAACUACUACUACAACAACAACAACCACCACUGAAAAACCCCUAGAAGUUAAGAAAGAAGUUAAAGAAGCCACUAAAGAAGUUGCUGCUAAAGCUCAGGUAAAUGUUAAUGAAGAUAAUGAAAGUGAAAGGGAAACCAGCACAAAUAUACCCGAAACAACUGCACCCAUCACCACAACCACAGAGAGUCCUUCUAGUCGUCCGGCUACACCUUUGCAAAGACGCAUUAAAGUCAUAAAAUUAAAACGUCCGGUAGUGUCUGCCAAUGCAAAUGCUAGUAGUGCUACUAAUUCAAUUAAUAGCCACACUGAAACCCAAAAUAUAGUUAAAUCUAGUAGUGUUAGUAGUGAUCAAGUAGAUUCACAAAUAGCUAAAACUCAAACACUAACAGAAACUGAAACCGAAAUCACUGAAACACAAACCACCGCUAUACCACCACCACAAACCUCACAACCCACACCCAAACGCUUCCGCAAGGUAAUACGUAAGUUAAUAAGACCGCUAAAUAGAACAACGGAGAGUACUACGGAAGCAGUAAUUGAAAGUUCUAGUGUCGCCACAUCUACUCUCUUGCAGAGAAUACAAAACACUACCAGAUAUGGCUUCAAUCGUAAUACGAAAUUCAAUUUGGGAAAGAAUGAUAACAAAGAUGGUGAAGAACAGGAAGAAAGCAGUGAAGAGGAGGAAGAAGUUGAUGAAGAAACGACAGACAAGAAGUCGGAGAUUUUAAAGAAUCGUGGAAUAAAUAAAUUUACUCUACCCAGUGGUGUAACAAGCACCACCACGAGAACUUCUUUGUUUGGUACUGCCAAUCGUAAUAGAUUCACCGCCAACCGUUUGCAGUCAUCGACAACUACCGAAGGUUCUAAGACUACAGAAAAUAAUGUUGAUGAUGACGACGAGGAAGAGGACGAAGAUGAAGAAGAUGAGGAUUCAGAAGAAGAAACUCAACCAAUAACAACGGCUAAACCUGUCAUUUAUACCUCAACAAAUCGUUUCAGAUACUCUAAACCAAACGCUUCUGCCACCACCGAAAGUAGUACGGAGAUCAAAGAGGAUAACGAUACUACUAACACCUCAGUGCUAGAAACUACCACUCAUUCGGAAGAAGAAGAAAGUCAAACUUCAAAGGAAACUACUGCUAACAAAGUAUUAAAUUUCCAAAAAUUGCGCAACAAAGUCAUAACUGAGCAAGUUACCCAACAGGAAGAGGGAGUACUAAGUACACGCUUUAAGAGCACUAGAACUGGCAGUGAAGAGGAAGUAACUGAUGAUCCUUUGCUGAAACUGCGCAAUAAAGUUAAACAAGAUUUAGCUAAAGGUAGUCAAGAAGAGGGUGUUUUGAGUAAUCGUUUUAAGGCCACGAAAGUGGAGACUGAAGAUGAGGUAACUGAUGAUCCUUUGCUGAAACUACGCAAUAAAGUUAAACAAGAUUUAGCUAAAGGUAACCAAGAAGAGGGAGUUUUAAGUAAUCGUUUCAAGACGACAAAGGUGGCUAGCGCUGAAGAGGAAACAGAAAAAGAUGAUCCUUUACUUAAACUGCGUAACAAAGUUAAACAAGAUUUAACCAAGUCCAGCGAAGUCGAAGGUGUACUAAGUAAUCGUUUCAAAACCUCAAAAGUCAACAGCGAAGAAGAGGAACAUGAAACCGACAAUCCGUUACUGAAACUGCGUAAUAAGGUUAAACAAGAUUUAGCCAAGGGCACUCAAGUCGAGGGUGUAUUAAGCGAUCGUUUGAAAUCAACUAAAACCGAAGCCGAAGUUGAUGAAAAGGAAGAUACUUUGCUUAAAUUGCGCAACAAGGUUAAACAAGACUUGGCUAAGGGUAAUCAAGAGGAGGGAGUUGUAAGUGUUAAACUUAAAAAGCUAUUGGAAACCAAAAAUACUACAACGGUCAAUUAUAAGGUAGAAGAAGGCGACAAUGAUUCCACUACCCAAGAAAGUUUGAAUUUGCAAAAGAUACGUGAUAAGGUGCAAAACAAACUUGCCCAAGGAGAAGAGGAACAGGGCGUAGUAAGUUCUAGACUAAAGAAACUUUUGUCGGAAAGAACCAGUACGACGCUAAUACGUUCUAACAGUGUAGAAGAAGAAGCUGAUGAAAAUGACACUACCACUGAAAUAAAAGAAUCCUCUGGAGAGGGUGAUUUGCUGGAAUCUAGUAAAGCUUUCACAACUAGAAAACCUUAUGUACCUAGAACCAGAUUAACCGCUGUCAGUAGCGAAGGACUAUCCUCAGAACAAACACAAUCAGGAGAAGUUGAGGAAUCCACCACUUCCGCUCCCCGUGUAAAACCCACUUUCCGUCGUAAACUAGUAGCCAAAAGACCUUACGUGCCCACCAAGCCACCACUAAGUGCUUUAAGUACCACCACCAUAAGAAUACCCACAACGAAGGGAAAACGUAAAUAUGUAAGACGCAAGUUUGGCAGAUACCAUCCCUUCAAUGCCAGCAAUCGUAAUACCGGUGAAGGUUUUGUAAGAAAAGAUCCCAGAGGUAAUAUAUUACCAGGAACUGAGCGGUUUAAGAUAGAGGGUUCUGCUGGAGGACAAAGCGGUGAAGAUUAUGAGGAAUAUGAUGAAGAAGAGGAAGGUGGUGAAGGUGAAGAAGAAGAAGAGGAGGAAGUUGAAAAGAUUAAAGUAAAUGUUGUGGCUAAACCGCUACAAACUGUUAAACCCAUCAUUGCUAGACCACCUGGCUUGUUUAAUAGAGCACAAACAACUAUUUUGAAAAAACCCUCCAAUUUGUCUAAAGAACAAGGUUCCGGCGAUAAUGAACAGGAAGAGGAACAGGAGGAAGAAGAUGAGGAUGAAGAAGAGGAGGAGGACGAAGAAGAGGAUGAAGAAGAAAGCACACAAGAUGCUGACAAAACCAUUGCCAAUCGUCCCACUUACAAACCCAAAGACAAUCGCAUACCUCCUGGAGCCAGACCGGCUCUAACUACAACACCCACCAUCAAGAAACCCUUCACACCCUCACGUGUAGCUAAUACCCCCUAUAGACCGGGAGCAAUUACCACUACCACCACACCCGGCAAUAAAGCAAAUCGUUUUGGUGUUUCCUCUAGAUCGACGGUAAAACCACGCGUGGUUAAUCGUCCUUUGGGCGUUUCAGUGCCAAAUCUAACUAUUAAACCUGUGGCUAACGAUUUUGAACGUACUACUGUACUAAUACCUACUAAACCAGCGCCGUUUAUUAAUCCUAACACAAGAGCAUACGAACGCAAAUACACCGGACCUACAACUGAAGCUACCGUUGACUUCAGCAAUGACAGUAAUCCACUUAUAGAAGAUCUGAAUAUUGAGGCUUUAAAUGCCCGUAAUAAGAAAAUAUUCGAUAUUAAUAGUAAAAAACACACAACUCUUAAACCAAAGUUAAACAUACCAGUGGCCAAACUAAAUGAGAACACACAACAGCAAACAAACACAGAAUAUGAAAAUGAAGAUGAUGAUAAUGAUAAUGAUAAUGAAGAAAAUUAUCAGUUAUCUGUUAAUGAAUAUGCCACCACUAUCACUUCAAACACCAAUACACAAGAACAAGAACAAACCACCACACUGGAUAGUAACACCUUUAUUGGCACUCAAAACACUGACGAAGCAAAUCUAAGUAACAAUCUUAACAAUCUUAAUGAAAUUUCUUCACAGGAUGGCUUUACAACCACACCACCACCUAGUACCACCUUAUUGCAUAUCUUUACCUUAUCCGAUGCUGAACAUACCACGCCAAAUCCUUUGAAUGAAGGCUACCAAAUGGUGCCACGUCUCAUAGUCGAAAGAGUUAAACCGAAACAUAAGGUAGUGGAAAUCAAUCGCAUUGUUGAGGUUAACUCUAAGGAAGAGAAAUUGAGACGCAAGUCCAAGGCCAAUACCAUUGUAGCCGUUGAGGGUUCCCAAACGUACAAGGUGGAAUCUUUGCCCCAUGUCGAACAGUUGGGCGAAAUUAGUGUGGUUAAAUAUGUGCAUCAGGUGGAUGGUAGUGAUAUAACAAUUGAGGGACGCAGCACGGUAACCGAUUAUACACCCACCGAACCUACUGUACCUUGGGCUUCGCAACCAGUACGUUACACCUUGCCUGAAGGUAGUAUUGAAGAGCGGUCCGGUAAAGCUUUGGUGCCCGAAGUAAUACGGGAAGCCAUUGAAACAUCCACCAUUUCGUUGGAAGGUCUUUUCGAAAGUGCUCGUAAAGGUAAGGUUUUGAAUACCGUAGAAGAUGUGGCUUUUGUUAAACAGGAUGCCAGCAGUGAUAGUGCCAGUGUUGAUGAUUUAAUAUCUUCAACAGAAAGCUCUAAUAGUUAUCGGGUAGAAAGCACAACCGAAAAACCGUACACAGAAACUAGCACAGAAGCUUUUAACAUUUUCAAAGCCAUAUCCUUUGAUGUAGCUCGCAUCAAUUUAGAACCCAAUAGCAAAGAAAGUGAAACUGAUACUGCAGCAAGUUCUUCAAACUCAACAACUUCCAGCUCUUCCUCUUCGACACCUAUAGAAAAACUCUUUGAAAAUGUGGAGUAUUCUACGGCAGCUGUUCUUACUACUACACCGGCACCCGAGAUUCUUCAAACAGAGUCAUCGACUGUAGCCCCCGCGGAGGAAACAAAAGCUACCACAGUAGCUGCUGCUCUAUUUCCACAAUAUGUAAGACCUAUAGUACCCUUAUUACGUCCUGAAUCCAAUGAAUCCUCACCCCUUGUUAUAUCCAUAGCUAAUCUAGACAAAGUUAUACUCAGUAAAGUGAGAAAAAUGGUUAAUGGCGUAGAAGUGGAAGAAGAUGAACAACAACAACAACAACAGCAAGAACAACCACAAAUAGAAAACAACAUUAUACCACAUACCCAAACCGAAACAGAAACCAUAGCCGUAAAUCCCGUUACCAAUACCCAACAAAUCCUUAAUGCUAAUAGUGAAACGCAAACACAACAAAACCCUGAAAUACAUGAUUCCAAUGCGGCUUUCUCCAGUCGUUUAGCUUCCAUUAUAAAAGCUCCUCUACUAAAUUCCCUAACACAAAAUGAAAAACAUGUUCAAACUAAAACAGAAACCUCUAAAAGUCCUUUGGACCAGGUAGAGGAAGUAACACAAACUGAGCUUUAUACUAUAAAUGAGGGUAGUGUUGGUAGUACAACCAGUAGCACUAUUGGUAGUAAAAUUAGUGAAACAGUUAGUUUUAGUUCGGAAACAACCGUGGUGCGUCGUAAGCAACCGCGUAAAUCAAAAUCGAGAAAAUUUAAGAAUAAGCAAACUGCAACUUUUACAACGUUGGCACCAGCCGCCACAGAAUUAGUCAGUGAAAGUCUGCGCACACCAGCAACUGUUAACAGCAAUGGUUUAACAGUAACGCGAAGGCCUGUUUUAAGUGUGCGCCGACGUUUAAUCAAUUCAUCUACUGCUGCUCCCUCAGCUAACUCAGCAGCAGCUGCUGUUAACAGCCAGCCACAACAAACCACAGCACCAACAUUAACAACACACUUAGACUCAUCUUCACCGAUCAACGAUGAAUACAUAACGACGACCUCGAAAUUUAAACGUUUACGCACCAAUCGACCACCAUCUAUAAAUGCCGCUGCUGUUGAUAUAACAACCGAUACGAAUGCGGCAACAUCGUUUAAAGCGAAGAAAAAAUCAGCGGAAACAUUAUCGAAUGAUUUGAAAUUGGCUUCAUCAUUGACGUCAUCGUCAUCUGCUGAUAAUGAUAUUGCAGCGAAGCAAACAGCAGCUUUAAGACGUAAAUUUCAAGCCAGACGUUUAACAACAUUGCCGGCUAGCAAUACGAAUGGCGAUGGAUCAGCCACUGAACCACCACGUACACAAAAUCCUUUAUUUAAGAGACGCUACAGUUUGACCACAUACUCGCCACUGUCUGGAAAAACUGGGCAACAAUCAAAGGUGACGUCGACAGCAGUAGGAACGACGACAACAACAGCAGCAUCAUCAUCAUCAUCAUCGACAUCAACAUUGCGCUCGGCUAUAGAUAGUUUGACAACAACAGUUUAUGUUGAUGGUUUAGAAAAUGAUGAGGACACAGAUCAAGUGGCAAAAUCUAGCAUCCAUACAAGUCGUUUCAAUCAAAUUAAUGGCAGACUGCACAUAGAUGAUGAUGAGGAGGAGGAAUUGGAUGCUGGCAUUGCUGGUGGUGUUGGUGAUACGAGACAUUUGGUCAAUACUGUCAAACCCAUAACAACGUUAUCCACGGCAACCAGACAACCAGCAUCUAGAUAUUUACAACAACUGUCGCCACAGCAACAACAGCAAUACUCCAAAUAUAAGUUUGAUGAGGUUUUAACCAGGCGCAUGGAUGGCACGGGAACUGUAAUGAAAACAUCAACCGGUAGCUCCACCACCACCACCGUUUCCACUAGCAGUAGCUCAACUUCCACACAAACUCCAGUAAUUAAAAAACGUAAAAUGGUUAUUAAGAGAAGACCACAGAAGACAACGCCCAGUUCCGAGGAAUCAAAACGAAGAAGACCUCAUAGGUAUCAAGAACCAUUCGAGAGAAUAAACAGUAAUCAAUCGAAGGCAACAGUUAAGACAUCAACACAACCGGGUAGAACUUAUCGUCCCAAUUUAGACUAUGACUAUUAUGAUGAUGAGGAUGUACGUUUAGUGGGCAAUAAGAGUGAUCAACAGCUUAAAGUAAUUCUACAUGGUGGCGGCAUAAUUGAAUGCUUAGACCAGGGUAACUUCCCCCAUCCGUUAUCGUGUCGCAAAUUCAUUUCCUGUGCCAAAUUUGAAACUGGCGGUGUUGUUGGCUGGGAAUAUACAUGUCCCAAGGGUUUGAGUUAUGAUCCUGUGGGUGGUAUGUGUAAUUGGGCAGCAGGUUUGGGUUGUAAAGAGUAAAACAACAGCAACAACAACUUUUUAGAAAUAAAACAUUAACGCAACAAAUGCCUAAAAACUACUGCCAGAAGUACUUUACGUACUCAAUAAACAAUUUCUAUAUUCAACGACUCAACGACUUUUUUGUAUUCAAAAGAAAAGCAAGAAAUUAAAUUAUAUAAAAAAUUCAAACUAAAAUUAAGUUGUUGUAAUAAUGUGCGAAAUUAAUCUGUAAAAUUAACAGAAUAUGUAACAAUUGACUGAUUUCAUUGUGAACUUUGUGUUUUUGGAUUAAUAAUUGGAAUUUAUAAAAUUCUUUUAUUUUCUUUUUAUUUUAUUUAAAUUAAUUAUUAUUUUUUUCGUUUUUUAUAUUUUGCUUUUGAAGUGUGAUUAGCAUAUUUAAUAUAUAUUUUAUAUUUUAAUUAUUUUAUGUUUAUUAUAUUGUUUAUACUUGUAAUUGUAUGUACAAUUAAGUUUAUUUUUUAAGCGCGUUUUAAUGUUUAAGUUUAAAUUAUGCAUUUCUUUCCCAUUCCUGUGAAAAAAAUUUCAAAAUUUUUUUUUUAUUUU